CCUUGUCCGUCAUCUUACCUUCCUGCGUUCUGCUGGUGGUGAGCGAGUGAGUGACUCCUCCUCCUCUCCCUCCUCUACCCUCUACCUCAGGCCUCACAUUGUCGCCUGCGCAGUGUCUUCAAAGGCAAUGCGCCAUCCUGUACCCUUAUAACAGCAAUGCCCGCUCUCCGAGCGCGUCCGAUCCAACUGCUCCUCUUCUUCGCCAUCGCUGCCCUGGUAUUCUACUCUUAUCGCGCUCGCGACCACGCCUCCUUUGCGCCCGCACCUUCGCCAGGCCCGUCGGCGCAUACUGAUCAGGACGAUCUGAAUACUCAUGCAAGGGCAAAUACCACUCUGGGUUUUGGUGCUAUCCUAGCUGUAUCAAGAGAUGGGUCUCCUCGACGCCACGCUCUUAUGCAAGCCGCCAACGUGACCGAGAUUGACAUAACAAUACCACGCCAACCAAAGUAUGGCGAUGCAGACAUCGAGAAGUUCAAAUAUGGCCCAGAGUCUACUAUGGGCCCUGGCUCUAUCUUGGCCUGGCUUGGUCACCACAAUGCCUUGAAGUGGUUUCUGGACUCCGGACUCGAGACCGCUUUGAUCAUAGAAGACGAUGUGGAUUGGGAUAUACACCUGCGUUCCCUUCAAGUCCCACUUGCUGCCCACGCGGCUCGGUCUCUUCUUGCGCCAGCGUCUACCUCUAGAGGGAUGAAUUACUACUGGGGUGAUCCGAACACCUGGGACCUGCUUUACAUUGGUCACUGCGGAGACUACUUUCAAGGUCUUGACCAAGGCGUUGGGGUGGGCCAUCAGUCCCCGGCAGACCUCCAGGACAUGCCGCAUGAGAUGUGGCUUGACCAUUCUCUGCCAACAAACGAAAAUCUGCAUCCAUUCACUGCGGACUUACUUAAAGCACUCGAAGUACCUGAACAGAAUCGCCUCUUCCAUAGAUCCCGAUUUCCGCUCUGCACCUUCGCAUACGCUGUAACUCGGCCUGCAGCCUGGAAGAUCAUGAACGUGUUGGCUCCGGCUAAAGAACCACCACCAGACACCAGAGAUGCACCACGCGCUUACGAUGUUGGCAUUCUUCAGUCCUGCAUGCGUGGUUAUUCGUCAUCAGUGGACAAGGUCGGCGCUGAGGGACUGAAAUGCUACACGGUCAACCCGGAAUUCUUCCAUCACAUGCCUGGUGAUAGUGAGAUCGCCAAUGAAGAAGCAAAGAAAGGCAACAAGGUUGGUAUCCCACCAGUCGAUAUGGCAGGUGCCGAUCAAGUCACUCAGCGUGGUGAGACGUCAAACAUUGGCUGCGGCUUCUGGCAUGGACAUUUCGCCUUUGCCGACGGCAACAAAAAGCAACUCGAUUCCCUACGUCAAAACGUAGGGCGCGGUGGAAAGUGUCUAAAACCUGGCCGAGACUUACCGAAUAAUUCCUGAUUUUCGCUACAACGUCACAAAAGCUAAACACAGCGAAUCUCUAAAGACACGUUUUACGAAUGUACAGCAUAACUUGGGAUCGGCAUCUCAUAGUACUUGGGUGGAGUCUACUGUGUGAAUCGGCGUUUAACUCAAUCGUUUUAUAUCAGCUUGGGUAUAUACCCCGAUGCACCUCUGUAUAUGCCAUCAUCUAGAUUAGAGCGAUGCCUAGGGAGGGAUUUUGUUUGUUAAUGGACAUUGAUGCUCUGGGCUUAAAAAUCUCAGCGCUCGCUAUCUGGAUUUGGAUAUCGACUAUUUACACAAU